AAACUAAUUAAUUAUCAAAAGAAUGCAAUACUUUAUAAUAAUUUUUGAGAUAAAUAUAACUUAUAAGUUGAAUAUAUAUUUUAAAAAAAAAAAAAGUUUGGGGGACAAUGCCCCUGCCCAACUAAAAGUCCGCCACUGAAAUCUGAAUGGCCCGCUAAUUAAUUAAUAUAUAUUGGAAACAAAACCUAGCCUCUAUGAGCUACGCCGGCUCUGCCUCUCAUCUCCAUUCUCGGCGACCUCCUUCUCUGAUUUACGACCUCUGCCCGGCGCCCACGCUUCCGCUUCCGGCCUCCGUCUCCGGCGCCCACGUCUCCGUCUCCGCUCGACGACCUCAUUCCUCACUAUUUGGCUUCGCCUUGGCUUCAAUUUGGCUUCGAUUUGACUGAAUGUGUUAACAAUGGAAGCUGAAGCGGUACUUGCCUCAUCUCCGACAGACAAUGGUGUAAGCUGCUGGGACCUCCACACUGGUGCUGAGAUCCUCCGCCACAAGUCGUGCGCCAGUCCUCCUCACGGCCUCGUCUCUGUCGCCGGCCGUUUCUUAGCCUCUUCCCAGCUCCGAGAUGGCAAGUCUUCUUCUGGAUCAAUUUUCUAUUGGUCGUGGAACAAGCCUCAGAUUGAAGUGAGGAGCUUUCCAGCAGAACCGAUAAAGCCUCUUGUUUCCAACAGUCAGGGAACUUAUAUUGCUGGAGGAGGUGUUUCAGGGGAUGUAUACUUUUGGGAGGUUGCAACUGGGAAAUUGCUAAAAAAGUGGCAUGCACAUUACAGAGCUGUUAGCUGCUUGGUAUUUAAUGAUGAUCAGUCACUUUUGAUAUCAGGGUCGGAGGAUGGAUGUGUUCGUGUUUGGUCACUUUUCCUGAUAUUUGAUGACAUGAGGAGGAAGGAUGCUAGGCAUCUGUUCGAGUACAGUUUCCAUGAGCAUUCUUUGAGAGUGACUGAUGUUAAAACUGGUUAUGGCGGUUCUAAUGCAAUCAUUGUGUCUGCUUCUGAGGAUCGUACAUGCAAGGUUUGGAGUUUAUCUAGGGGGAAACUGCUGAGAAAUAUUGUCUUCCCUUCAAUAAUAGAUGCUAUUUCACUGGACCCCGGAGAGCAUGUCUUUUAUGCGGGUAGUAGGGAUGGUAAGAUAUACAUCGCCGCAUUAAAUGCUCCAAUGACAUCCAACAGCAACUUUGGAUCCCAUAUACUUGGGUCACUAUCUGAGCACAGCAAAGCCGUAACCUGCUUGGCUUCUAGUGUUGAUGGAUUUCUUUUGAUUUCUGGAUCGGAGGAUGGCAUGAUUAGAGUGUGGGAUACCAGAACUCGAAAUCUUAUUCGCAUCUUUAGACAUGCAAAAGGUCCAGUUAGUAGUGUUCUUGUAACAAGACAGGCCCAGUCAACAUUAAGAAGGCAUAAUCUGCCAUUGCCACCACUAGAGAAGUUUGCCAACUCACCAGAUGAAAACACAUACGUUAAAGUAUUUAUUGGUCCCCAGACCAUUUCGAACCAAAUCAUAGACUCUUCAUACAUCGGCAUUCAAACAAUGGAGGCUCAGAUAAAAGAACUACAGAAACAAGGUUCGAUGGCAGCUGCUGAAAUGGACGUGCAAAAAUUGAAGAGUGAACAGCAAAGGUCGCUACAAGCAAUCCAGCAAUGGAAGAACAUGUACAAGAAUCUGCAUCAAUUCUGUGUCUCUGAGCUUUUGGAUGGCUGUAAUACUGAAAGCGCCAAUGGGCAAAAUUGACGAGGUAACGUUAUGAGGCUUUUAGUGUAGUCUCUGAUGUUUCUACCUAACGUCAGAUAUUAGUAAGCCUCCAAGGCUCCAACGUCCUGCUUGCAUGCCUGACCUUAAAUUCUCGUUAGCGCAAUAGUGCUAUGAAUUUGUUGUACAAAAGUAUACACCUCUCACCCCAGAGAAAAUUACUUAUCUUGGGUUGAAGUUGUUGUAAAACGGCCCUAUCAAUAAGCUACAUUUUGUGAAUCCUCAAAUCGUAAUGAACCUUAGAGUUAGUUACAACAUGCAGAUUCUUACUACACAAAACAUUGGAUGUACGAGAUACGUAUCCCAUGAACUUCCCGGAUGUUAUUCCAUUUGUUAUUUUGAAAUCUUUUGUCGGAGCUGUUAUUUCUUUUAGUUUUUUAUUGUUAGAUGUGGAACUGUAAGAUCUAGCUACCUAGCUGAUUUAUUGCCAGUUUGCACGUUUUUGUUUGAUGCAGUGAUGCUACCUAUGAUUUUUUUACUCCAGUGGUGAAUUUAUCAACCUUUUAAGCUGAAUAUUCAUUUGUGGCAUAGUGAUGAUCAUUACAUCGACUGCACCCAUUUCCGAAUGCAGUUUACAUCCGGUUGCUGGGAAUAUGUAACAAACAGUAGUUCGUCAUUCUGCUUAAAAAAUGCUAAACAUGUGUGCCACAGACAUCUGUAGGUUACAUUUUGGUUAGUUUAUAUACUGAAGAAGGAACAGGCUAUCUUAGUGCAACAUGGAUCCUACUUUGACUCGAAAGCACUUUCAUAUAGGUUUGAACUUUUGCUUCUUUAUGUACCUGACUGUCACUCAGUACCAAUUUUUGGUUGUGAUAUUAGGUGGUCAGCACUUUUGCAGUGAUGUGCUUGAAUAUUGGUCCCACAGUAUUUAACGAUUUAUUUCCAGGAACAAACUUGGCUUGUAAGGACAUGCAAUUCGGCGAUGGAGAACAAAUGAAAUAUGUUUUUGAUACAGACAUUGUGUGGUUUUGAUACUUAAUGUGUUUUUCCUUGUGAACAUUAGUGUACGAAUAUGUUUUCAUCAGCACCUUUAGGUUACGGCUAUCUAGUCACUCGUCAAAUUUAUUGCAUGUCAGCUGCAAACUUGGCAUAAUUUUUUGGUAUGCAACCAGAAAAAGAUUAAAGGAAAGAGAAUGAAAUCAGGGGUCUAAACCUGGUUUGGUGCUCACUAGGCAGAUUGAGG